AUGGCUUCCACGUCAAACAACACCACUAGCAAACGGCAUGAUGGAGACAACAGGUCGAAAGACCCGUCACUUGUCCCAGUGACCUACUACCCACUCGCCACACAGCAGCAACAUACGCGAAUGCAGCAGCGCAUGGCCGGCAAACCCUACUCACAUUACUUCCACGACUCGCCGCUGUAUAUCCGUCGCGAGGCACUCGACGCCAUCCCCCGACCAAUCAGCAACCCAGAAAGGGACGUGCUGCCUCUCGCGCAGAUCCGCAAGCUGCUGGAGCCGGGAGACCACGCCGUCGAGAACGGCUGGUAUGUCUACCCAGACGGCGCAGGCUACGUGACCUCCAGGACGCAGUUCCCAGGGUGCACCGGCGAGAUGAUCGACUGGUGGUUCUGGUGGCACAGCGUCGAGGGUGAAAGGUACGCGCUUUGGUAUCCAUACAACCACUGCGACGUCAAGUCCACAUAUUCGUGGUGGACAACGAGCAACUUCACGCCUGAGGUCAAGAGAGACUCGAUCACUGGCAAGAGAUUACCCAUCCUCGAGAGGGAGGACAUAUCUCACCGCCACAAGUGGCUCGGCUCGACACACACUGUCAGCGAGUUCAUUGGCCCGCAGCACAUGACGCUGCGGAUCGAGUUCAAGGAGCCAAGCUACUUUGGCCUCGGAACCUGGGAGGACCUGAAGAAGACAGGGUACGAGGCUGCCGUCUGUGGGCUUCUGUGGGAUAAGGAUCUCCCGUUGAAAGUUGGGGACAUGAUCCACCUGUGGAGGAAGACCAAUGAUGGCUUGGAGCUCCGGAGUCGGUAUUACCUUGCCCAUGAGGUUUACGUGGAUGUCUUCGGGCUGAAGUUAUUCGUGGACUGGAUCGGUGGUUUGAUGGGCAUCAAACGUGCAGCAGCGGGCGAGAAAGUCGCCUACGAACAAUUGUUGCAUGAUCAGACAGAGUUCACCAACUUGGCGAGCUUCCUGCCCGAUAUUUACCGAGAAUUCGGCCAGCAGAAAGGUCAAGGGGUACAGACACCAUCACUGAAAUCUCAGAAAGCCCGGAUAUAG